AUGUCUGUCACUUCCCCAGAUAAGGUUGUGGACGACGUUUUAGACCGUCUCUGUGUUGAGGAGACGGGAUUGAGCGUUUCUGAGGUCUGGGAGGAGAUCAGGGGCAAGUUUCCACGGUUCGGAGCGUUUGAAAAGACUCUUGUCUGGAGCUGGCUCGUGCAGGAGAACGAUCUCCUGGUGUAUAUUAUUAUUUCCACCACGAAGGAAAAAAGCGGCAAAACAACCUACAAAACAGAGACAGUUGACAAGAACACGAGUCUGGUGGACCUUGUGGAAAAGUAUGGCGAGGAUAAACUCCGUAUCGGCGUUACUGAUGAUAGACAGUCUUUGUUUCUGCUAGGGGUCAAGAAAGAAAAUAAUAACCUGGGUUAUUUUCCGUACGAAUUAUUGCGAUACAUUACAAAAGCUAAAGAAGCUGGAAUCACUUCCAUGGAACUGAUCAGACAGUCUGGCCAGGACCGUCGCAGUUUGACGUCCCGGUUGCAGACUUUGGAAGACCUUGGCGUGGUGAAAAAGUUUCCGGCAGUCAUUGACUCUGCCAAUUCGUAUGUCAUUGUGAGCACCAAGUACGAGAAACAGUUUUCAUUUGCAAAUCUGCGAACCAGUUUUGAGCUCAUGGGCGUUGUGAUGAAGUCGCUGCAGGAUGCGCCAAACGGGGUUCGUGUUCCGUCGGACCUGGCACGCGAGCUGCGUCUGACCUCGAAGAAAGAACGCAGAAUGCUGGCCAAGGCCAUCCGCAACCUCGUGGUGCUUGGCUACGCGUGCAAAAUAAACGUCGAGCACGAGUCGUCGGGACGCAAGUUUGUGGGACUGCAGUUUCUCAAAGAGCUUCCAAAGACACCGGCUGCACGCCAGGAACUGAAAUCUGAGCUGGCUUCGCUGAGCCAGGACCGCGAGGACGAUCAGGACGAGCUCUUUGGCUCGGUUUUUGAGAGCAACACAGACGAAGUUCCAACAUACAAUCCGUUCUUUCCUCUUCAAAACCAGAUUUUCGACACUGUUAAAGGCAAUCCAGGAAUCUCCACUAAAAAACUCAACACAUGUAUCACCGGGAACCUCUCUGUGAAGUCGUUCGGCAACUACAUUGGCUCGUACGUUUUUGACACCCCUGUUUCUGAACCCAAUGCCGUGAUACGCUAUUUGCAUCAGGAGGGGAAGGCCCGUUAUUAUUGUCAUAUGAUCCAGUCUGAAUACCUGAAAAGACAGGGCCAGCAAGUUGAGGAACCGCGGCUAGAGUUUGCAAAAACAGAAGAGAAUACGCAGACCAUAGCAGAGAUUAGUGCUAGCCACUAUAUUGACCCAUUCCCAAAGCGCGUGUCACUAGUUUUCUUCCCAAACGAAACAUUUAAGUUUUGCUGGUUUGGCUACUCGGGGCCCGUUUUGAAGAGCCUCGUUUCCAAGCAGGGCAAGAUAAAGCAGCUGGUUAUCGAUGACACGCUGAAGAUCGCUGUCUCGAAGAAAAUACAGCGGAUUGGCCAGCCAAAAACGAUUAAAGGAGGACACUUUGAUGAGCACAAGGGGCGUAUCGAGAGUCCCGCCAAGUUUGUGCCAAAGGUGGAGGAGUACGUACCACAGCCUCCUCUGGAUGCUGAUAUUGAUUUCGGCCCUGACAAACGUCGCUCUGUGCUGCUUCAUAUUAUUGACGAGAGCAAAUGCGUUGCUCUCAAUAUGGACCUCACGAAGAAGGUUUCGGAUGCUCUGAAUGUGAACUAUCUUGUUGACCGCCGGACUGUCAAGAAAGAUGCGGCAGUGCUACAAAGACAGAAUCUGAUCACGGUAAAAGAGGUGCCAAGCUCGAUUCGCUCGUUUACACACACUGUCCUCUGUUCCGUGGCAAACAAGCCGUCACAGGAUGAUAUCGACGCCAUUGCCCAUUCUGUCAGCUCCAAAUCUGGGUCCGUCAACCCACGACUGAGCUCGGCUCCCACACGCCCCGUUUUCAAGGCCAACGACUCGCACUUUUUCGAGAUGCCGUCUCAACGUUUAUCUCAGCUUCGCAAGUCGAACCAGAAAAAAGGCCUCGACACCGCAAAAAGAGUGGAGGCUCGUCUUCGCGCAGCAGAAAAGCCAGCCGAAUCUAAGAAAAAACGGCCGCGGAACUCCAAUGACGAGGACCUGCUUGCUCCGCUGAUGGAAUCGAGAAAGAGAAAGAAAGUCUCCACACGUCAGAAGACACAGUCGGCCUCAACAGCACCAACGAAACGUGCACGGAACAACACUCGUCUGAGCAGCAAGGACGUCAUGGUGCUAGUCCGUGCAAUCAUUAUCUCGCAAUCACUGUCGCCGGCCAACACCAUCGAUUGGGCAAAGGUGUCUGCUCUUUUCCAAGACAAGUACACUUCUGAAGUCUUGAGACGACAAUGGCCUCGCCACAAACGUGCAAUUGGAAUCAGAGCUUUACAACUGUCCAGGAAGACGUGGGAGAGAAUUUUAAUGUCAGCCAUAACGAAUGGUGAUAUUGGCGAGGAGGAGCUGCUGGACUACGACUUGAACGGGAUGAUUUCUCUGUGGAGGUCUGUGGAUGCAGAUUCGUUUGAAAAUACUCACGAUGUUGUUCUUUACCGCAACUACUCUGAGAACUUCAAGGAGCAACGGUGGCGGCCCGAUACUGAUCUGCGUGGACUGGAUGUUUUCAAAGAAGGCACUUCUAUCAUCGAGCGCGAGGAGCAGUGUGCGCGGGCCAUGUUUGCGUAUCCGCUAGUUUGUGAGGAGCCGAGCCUGGAGCCUACGGGUGUCCAGGAAGCAAAGACCAAGCUCAAGGCCCUGUUUGCUACAGGACCAGACAAAUUUUCGUCUGCAGAAGCCAAAAAGGUGUUUUCUUCGACCGAAAAGGAUGUCUAUUCAAAGGCUCUGACAGAGUUGGAGGAUGACAAGGUGAUUGCUUAUUUGGGCGAAGACUCGCCAAUCAAGUUCACCCUAACCGAGAAAAUUAUGUUUCUGAUCGACUGGAAGUUCACACGGACGUUUUUCGACCAGUGUGCUGGUUUUGUGGAAAUGAUGGAAACGGCCACUUUGAACAACAAGGGCGUUAUCCUGUCUCCGUUGUCGCCAGAUAGCUGUUUUGCUCCGUUGAUAAAUAUGAUGGCCCAGGCAGAAAUUAAGGUUACGAGAAUCGACCAGAGCCCGCCAAUGCUGAUCGACAACUACUCCACCAAGAGCCAGGACAAGACAAAGCUCGAGAGCGAUUUUAUUUUGCACGACAUGCACACGGCGAUAGAUCUGAAGUCGGUGGCUCCUCCAAGUGGUUCGCCGUGCUCACGUCUCUGGAUCGACCUCAAUGGGGAUCUCAAUGUGGAGAUCUGGUUCAAGACGGUGUGCUCGCUUUUGCGAUGCAUAGUUUUCCGGCCCGGUGUGACGUUCCGUCUGCUUUGUCUGCGGUUUAGUCCUUUGUACGAGCCGUUCGAGCUGAAGCUUGUUCUAGACUGGAUGGUUGCAAAAAAGGCGGUGGUCCAGCGGAACGACAGCUACUGGGCAGGAUCUUACUGGUACCUGACGUUUGAUCGAUAA